CCGAUCUCCACGCGCCCUUUCCUUCCCGCAACCUCCACCAUCAAUAAAAUACUCUCUCUCUCUCUCUCUCUCUCUCUCAAGUACAAACUACCACACCACGCAUCACCAGCCAAGCCAUGGACUUUCUGUCAUACCCAUUCCUCUUCACAUCUCUGGUUUUGUUGUUAUCCAUCUUCACUGCCCAAAUCCUAGCUUGGAAACUGACCAAGAGAAAGAGGAAGUAUCCACCAGUUGCUGGCACAAUCCUUCACCAGCUGCUCAACUUCAACAGGUUGCAUGACUACAUGACUGAUCUUGCUGCCAAGUACAAGACCUACAGGCUGAUUGGGCUCAGGAAUGAGGUUUACACCUCCAAUCCAAAAAAUGUUGAGUACAUUCUCAAAACCAAUUUUGAUAAUUAUGGCAAGGGGUGGUAUAACUACAAUCUGCUGAAGGAUCUUCUGGGUGAUGGAAUUUUUACGGUUGAUGGUGAUAAGUGGCGCCAACAGAGGAAGAUAUCGAGCCAUGAGUUCUCAACAAGGAUGUUGAGGGAGUUCAGCAGUGCAGUCUUCCAAAAAAAUGCAGCAAAAGUUGCAGAUAAACUGUCGGAGAUCGCAACUGCCAGCCAGACAAUUGAUAUUCAAGAUAUGUUUAUGAAGUCAACGUUGGAUUCGAUCUUCAAAGUAGCAUUUGGUACUGAAUUAGACAACAUGUGUGGAUCCAGUCAAGAAGGCAGGAGUUUUGGUGAUGCUUUUGAUAAUUCAAGUGCAUUGUCCCUCUGGCGUUACGUAGAUGUCUUCUGGAGGAUCAAGAAGUUUCUGAAUUUGGGAUCGGAAGCUGCAUUACGAAAAAAUAUCAAAAUCAUCGAUGAGUUUGUGUUUAAGCUAAUCCAUACAAAAAUUGAGCAAAUGCAGAAAAAUGAUAACAGUUCUGUGACUGUGGAUAGAGAAGAUAUUUUGUCAAGGUUCUUGCAAGCGUCCGAGACUAAUCCCGUAUACUUACGGGAUAUAAUCCUCAAUUUCAUUAUUGCCGGUAAAGACACAACAGCAACCACACUGGCGUGGUUCAUUUACCUUCUGUGCAAGCAUCCUUCUGUACAAGAAAAAAUUGUACAUGAAGUGAAGCAAGUAACUGGCAUGAAAAGGAUCACAAGCUUUUCCGAGUUUGCAGACAGUCUGAGCGAAGAUGUUCUCGAAAAGAUGCACUAUCUCCAUGCUGCAAUCACUGAAACUCUCCGAAUCUAUCCUGCAGUUCCAGUGGAUGCAAAGAUAUGCUUUUCAGAUGAUACUCUCCCAGAUGGAUAAGUGAGGAAAGGAGAUAUGGUAUCAUAUCAACCAUAUGCAAUGGGGAGGAUGAAAUUCAUAUGGGGAGACGAUGCAGAAGAGUUCAGACCAGAGAGAUGGCUCAACGAGAACGGAGUAUUCCAGCCGGAGAGCCCCUUUAAGUUCACCGCCUUUCAGGCCGGACCGCGAAUGUGUCUCGGAAAGGAGUUUGCUUACAGGCAGUUGAAGAUCUUCUCGGCUGUUUUUUUAAGCUGUUUCGUGUUCAAAUUGAGCGAUGAGAACGCAGUUGUCACGUACAGGACGAUGAUUAAUCUUCACAUUAAGGGAGGUCUACAAGUUCGUGCCUUCCACAGAGACUGAAUUUGGUUUGGUACUCAAGUAUGGAUGUUUCGUGUAAUGUCACAUGGUAUGUAACAUCUUUUGUACCUAAAAAACGAAAUGGUUGACAAACAGACUCUUAGUAUACAACCUUUUUAUAUUAAAGUGAUAUUGUACAAGUAUCAAGAUGAAAUGAAAUAUCCAUUUGAUCCAC